AUGCCUCGGGACGAAAGAGCUGCGCGCCGUAAUGCGAGAGCCGCAGAAGAGAACCGCAACAAUCGCAAAAUCCAGGUCGAGGCCUCCAGACUCCCAUGGCCGCCUCCGGUAGCGAGCACAAUUCAAGACGACCUUGAGCGGCCCCGGGAGGAAGACCCGAGUACUCCAGAGGAGGCCUCUACCAAUUCCUGAAGAAGCCUCGAGCACUGCCCAAGCACAAAGCCUUCACCCCGGAGCAAUUCUCAGGGCACCAAGAAAGUCUCCUGAUGUCCAUAUUAGCGCUUCAUCUUCAUCAUGGGCAAUAGCGCCAAGGAAGCUCUGGUCUGGAAAGUGCUGGGGAAGUUAGGAAUGCAGCCUGGACGCCAGCACAACUUUGAGAUCCGAAGCAAGAUCGUUACAGAAGAGUUUGUGCGCAGAGGUUACCUGGAUUUAUAAGCCGUGCCCUGCAGCAGUCCGGUGGAUGAGUUCUUCAGUCCCCGAGCACACGUGGAAUCCAGCAAACUGAAAGUCAUGCAUUUUGUGGCAAGUGUCUGUAACCGUUCUAAAGACUGGCCUUGUAAUUAUGACUGGGAUUCGGACGAUGAUGCAGAGGUUGAGGCUAUCCUCAAUUCAGGUGUUAGGGGCUAUCUCGCCCCUAAGUAG